CAGACUAGAGGUAGUGAUUCCCUCAUCCUUAGCUCUGACACCAAACACGAUAGUGUUCCCAGACCCCCCUGAAGGUACAUUCUAAAUAGACAGACAUUAAUAGAUAAUGACUGGGAACAGAACACAUAAAUACCUUUUAAAAAAUUAACAAACCUGGAUUUCCUUGGGCAUAUGAGCAAUAAGAAGAAAUCACCUAGAAUAAUUUUAGAGACUGUUUCUUAAAAUUUUGCAUUUAUAGCCUGCUUCUGGCUUUACACUCCAUGAAAAGAGCCAUUAUUUACUUGUGAUGAUGAGGGGUCUCUACUCUGCCCAAAGCUGUCAGCAUAUGACAGCACCUCACAUUUAGCAGUUUCAGAAUGUUCAGUAUUUCUAACCCAAGUUUUGUACUUCCAGAAGAACAAAACCCUUGCCAACAAAUUAAGAAUUGAGCAGUCCCAGGGAAGGGGAACUAAAGUAGCUGUUAAUUUCCUACUAUUUCUAGUGCAGGUCUGUGUCACCCUGUUUACAUCAUGCAUCAUUCAUCUGCUGUGAUGAAACACAACCCCAUGUUUUAAAAAAAGACCUCCGUAACAGUGAGGAUACUAUAUCUUUGUGAGAAGUGUUUCACAUAUUUUCCAUGGGCACAAACUCCUCCUGCUUCUAUUUAAAUCUCUGUAGGUCUCUUUGGGGGACAUUAUUCACUUUGCUAACUUCAUUCAGAAGGUGCUUAGCGUAAGAAGGGGAAAAGCCAGCAUGGCAGCAGACAGCAACAUGGGUCCUGAAGAAAAGCCGAGCACUACUCCUGUGAAAAGGGCUGUCCACAAGAUCCGAAUGGCCAGCCUAGUCUUCAGCUUGGCACAAGGCUGGCAGCAGUGGGCAUCUGAGCACCAUGUAAAGCAAGCCCAAGAGCCCUCUGGAUGGAUGCCCUCUGCAGAAGACUCAUCAACACAGCCGGUACAAGAAAGACCCUUCGAAAAAUGGCCAAUUCCAUUUGCCAAGAAGGACCAAGGAAAAGACAAUGAAGAAUCCUCAGUAAAGGAAUCAGUGACAAUAGGAGAUGCUGAAAAAAAUGCAAGGGAAUCAGAUGAAGCCCUCAAAAAGUUCAGCAUUAAAAGCAAAGAGGUGACCAAAACAGUUAUAAGCAAAGCCUACGAACGAGGAGGUGAUGUUAGUCUCCUGAGUGGAAGAUAUGAGAAUAACAACAGUAGCUCAGAGAUGGCAGAGAUCAAAGAAGAAUCAAGUGCUAUUGACAAAAUUCUUAGCGGCAAAUUAUCUCCAACCAGAACGAGAAAGUGUUCAAACAUGGUGUCAGAGCUGACCAAGGGCUGGAAACAGAUGGAACAAGAGAACAAAUUGGGGGCUAAGGAAGAACUGCUGCUUAAGUGUCAUGAUGACAGCCUGGAUGCAGAGGACAGUGGCUAUGGGGAGGCAGAGGACAAACUGGAGCAAGAAUACAGUGACCAAGAGGUGACAGCUGUCAGGAUUAAACGACCUGUGCCAUCUUUCGCAAACAGGUUUAGCGAAGAAGCACGCAUCAAAGCCCACAGGAAAUACAGCCCCGUUAACAGCCUGAAGGACAGAUGGCAAGAAUGGGCCGACCAACACAUCAUAACGCAGAAGCUGAAUCCCUUCAGCGAGGAAUUUGACCACGAGCUGGCCAUGUCCACGCGCCUGCACAAAGGAGAUGAAGGCUAUGGCCAUCCAAAGGAAGGAACCAAAACUGCUGAAAGGGCCAAGAGAGCCGAGGCCCAUAUCCACCGGGAGAUUAGGGACAUGUGCUUCAUCAUUGAAUCAAUGGCUAAGCCACGGCCCGAUGGCAAGAUCCAAGUCACUUUUGGGGAACUCUUUGAGAGAUAUGUUCGUAUUUCAGAUAAGGUUGUUGGGAUUCUCAUGAGAGCCAGGAAACACGGGCUGGUGGACUUUGAGGGAGAAAUGUUAUGGCAAGGAAGGGAUGAUAAUGUCGUAAUUACUUUAUUAAAAUAAGCAUGCUACAACCAGAACAACUCGUUUUGGAAAACCCUUCUCCACUUCUUCCUUGCUAUUAGCAUUAGCACAGUUUGAAGAUAAGAUUCCACCCAUUCACCCACACAGAAAAAAAGACAGCAUUUUUCUAAAUAUAUAUUUAACUGCUGCAUGAUAAUACAAGCAUCUUAAUGGAUUUUCCUCUGUACAAGGAGAGCUUGCAAGACAUUACAAUUACCACAUGAAAAAUAAAGAGAAAAAUCUGUAUUGAAUAUAAGCAGUUGAUUAUAAAAACCCAUAGCAAUAUGGGUUUUUAUAGCUACAAGUGAACUCCAAUUUUUACUUGUUCUUACAUUCAAGACCUUCCCAACUAAAUUGGGAUAUCGAGAAUAUAAACCAUAACAGAUCAGAAGUUGAUUGACAAUAUAAACUCAGACCGUGUUUGAUCUGUGAAAGUGAUCUUGUGCACAUAUUUCCUGAUUAAUUUAUUUAAAUGCAUGUAAAAAUAACAUUAUUUGAAUAAAGAAUCAAGGAUACCACAUUUGUUUCCUUUACAAGCAGGGUAUGCAACUAUAACUGCCGUAUUAUCUUGUGGCAACUAUUGACACAGCCUUCUCUUACAUAUCACAUAAAAGUCAAAAUCUUUCUUUUUAUAAAUAAGGUUUUAUAUUUAUUGUAUUUAUAUAACUAAGUUACUAGAUAGUUUCAUAUUUAGAGUUAUGGAUGUUGGGAGUGAAAAUACCCAAAACAGUGUAAUGCACAAAAAAGUUCUGAAUAUAUAGUCACAUCAAAAAUACCUCCUAUGCAACAUUUUGCAAUGUAUCAUCUGAUGACGUAAAUACGGUUCUUACAAAUACAGGGAAAAAUAACAUAAAAUAGUCAGAUACUUCUACUGUUGCAUAUAGCAAAAAAGUGACCGACUACAAUCAGCAUCUUCCACUAAAGUAUACCUCUGUGAGAAAAGUCACGGAAACAGUGUUCAUAACUCAAAAUCAACUAACUUUAAGGAAAAUGGUGUUUCAUAUUACACAGAAACACUGGCCUAAUUUUACAGCAUUUGUGUUUGAACCAUUCUUAUGUCACUGAAAUAAUCUAUUUCAGUCCAGGUGAUGCUGAAGAGGAGUAAAUGGUAAUGAACUAAUACUUCUAGGUCUUAAACCUGUUUGUAUUACGCACAAAUCUGAAGCCUCUGUAAAGUCUAUAAUGCUUACUGGAUUAUAUAGAACACUGUUUCUCUAAACUACUACCGUAAAAACGAUAAAUAUGUGCUUCAUGUGAAAAGCAUUUGAUUCGGAGCAAGACAGCUGGUCAAGUAACUUGCAUAAUGAAAAAGAAGUAAGUUUUUUUCUCUGUAAAAUUCUUUCAAACUGAAAAGCAACUAUCUUCUUACAGAAGAAAAGGUGUAUAAACGUCUUGUUUCUGUGAUAAAACAAGUAUUGCUAUCUUCUUAUGAGAGUACAGGUACUCCAGUUUGAAGCUCCAGUGAAUAAAUAUUUUAUAAGUUAGUGAUACAAGAACUGAUUACUAUGUCUAUUGUGAAUCUAUGUAAAUCAUUAAUAUUUUAGGCACAGUUGUAUUUUGUGAAUCUAAAUUGUAAGAUGGAACUUAUUCAGCAAUGUUUUCUUGAAAUGUCUCAGACUACUUAAGGUGACCUGCAAAACUGACCUCUAAGUGUAACACUUACAUAUCGUAAUAUUUAUCUGCAUGUUCUUAUUUGUUAUGUUUUUAUAUAACGACCUUUACAGAUGUCUAUAACGUUUGAGGAAAUUUAGUUGUCAAAGGAAUACAUGAACUAUAAAUAAAUCCCUUAAUUAAUUAUUUCUUGGGUUAUUCCUCUCACACACUAAAGAAGAAAUACAUGUGCAUAUUCUGUGAAGUAAAACAUCAGUAAGUUGUUUCAAAAUAUAAGUACGCUAUCCUUUUUCCAGGCAGUUAAAAUACUUCCCUGUGCAGGCUUCUCUGUCCAAAGCACCAGAACAAGAUUUGAGAAUACAUGGAAAUGAAACAGUCCUUACACAAAAUACCUGUACAAAGAACACACACUAAAGUUACAUAAGUGUUAAGUAAAUUACAUACUCCUGCUCGUGAGAACUCUCAUCCUACCACAGGGCAACACAGCAGACAUGGAGUUUCACCACAGAUGUUUUUUUCAGUGUUAUGCUUAUGUGUGACUUAAAAGGCCAAGAGCACCUCACCAUUGUGUGAGGAAUCAUAUACAUCUGCUUACAUUCACUGAACCAAGACAGUAGGAAUGAUAUAUUUUUGUACCAAAACAAACUGUAGUAUACCAAUAAGGGGUGCAUUUCAAUACUCUGCAUGUUUAAGCAUGUAGUAAGAGCCUGUGAUUUCAUAUGAAGUUUAUGCCAUCUAGUACUUCAGGGAAACAUCUGGAAUACAACUAGGCACACACCGCUGAAGUAUGAAUAAAAAAAAAAUAAAAAAAAUCUUCCUGACUUAAGUCUUGAGCCAACAAAGUAGCCUGCCUUUUGUACUUUAGAGUAAAUUAAGUUUUCCUACUUCUUCUUACCUGUUUGAUAGGAACAUGGAAGUGUGAAGUGCCUCUUCUACUCUAUCUUCUAAUGAAGAAAUUGUUACACAAAAGGAAGGCAGCAAUUGUUGCCAACAAUUUUGAUUCACACAAGAACCAUCUUUGCCUGGUUGCAUGCCUGAUGACAAAACGGCUGGGCUAACUGGAUCACAGAUUUAACUCUAGCAUUUCCUGCUCUGGCCUCAUAUGAUGCAGGGAGGCAGACUCAUGACUUGCACCAAAUAAACUGCUGCCAUUCUCAGAUGCAGUCAUCUUCCUCCAGUUCAUUAGGGCAAGUUAAGCAUUUACUUUGGAGGCAACAACUGAUCUUGACCCAGUCUUAAGAUCUGAAAUUUCAGCAUAUCUACACAUAAGUAAAUGCUGAGAUUCAUAGAAGUUUCAUUUGUUUAAACAUUUAUGAGCAACAUAUUACCAACAUUUGACUAUUCUGAAGGCUCCUGCGUGCCCACCAGAAGUCACUGUGGACAAGACUAUGCUAUAACUGUUUCUUAUAAUGCAUAUACUAAUACAAGGGGCAAGAGAGACAAGGACAAACUAAGCUGCAAGGCAAGUUUCUCAGCUGAAAUGUAAUUCAGUGACAAAGGAGAUGGGGAACUCACCUAUUUUAUCCUUUAUGCAAUGUAGUAAAUAGAACUGAACUUCUGUAACUUUUAUUCAAACACAUUCAGCAACAGAACAGACCAGUGGCACUCUGCUUCUUGAAUCUCAGUAUUUCAUUUAACUGACAGAACACAGAAAAGAAUCAUUUAGGUUGGAAAAGACUAAGAUCAUUGCAUCCAACUAUUAACCUUACGCUGCUGAGUCUACUACUACACCAUGUCCCUAAGUGCCACAUCUACAUACAUUUCAAGUAUCUUCAGGGAAGACAACUCAACCACUUCCAUGGGCAGCCCGUCCCAAUGCUUGACAACCCUUCUAGUGAAGAAAUCUUUCCUAAUAUCCA